AAUUCAAAGCCCAAUAAACUAUGGUCCAUUACAAAAUUUAAAAACCCAAAUAUAAUCAUCCAAAACAAAGGCCCAAAACCCAAAAGUUGACGGCGCAGAAUUGGACCGCAGAUCCAGCGAAGCAGACAAAUCAGCAACACUCUCAAAAAUUUCUCCUCUCUUUCUCCGGCGAAAAUACCUCAAUUACCAUCUCCUCCUCCUCUUUCUCUCUCUACUUCGUCCAUUUUCUCUCUCCUCUUCAACCAACCCAGAAUUUUCCAGAACUUUCUUCCAUGCUUCAGAUCCAUUGCUCGUUGAACUGAUUUGAAUUCAGUCAAAUUCUAUCAGACUUCAACAAUUUUGCGCCUCAUUAUUUUCAGUAAUUUUCUCCAAAUUUUUUGGUGUAAUAUUGGAAAAAUUUUAGGAUAUAAAUUGCAGAGAAAUGGAAGGAAUUUUCAAUAAGAUACGGAAUUUGGAUGCUUAUCCUAAAAUCAAUGAAGAUUUCUACAGUAGGACGUUAUCUGGUGGUGUCAUCACUCUUGUAUCAUCUUGUGUUAUGCUUCUCCUCUUUUUCUCCGAACUUAGCCUAUAUUUAAAUGCUGUAACUGAAACACAGCUUGUAGUUGAUACUUCAAGAGGAGAAACCCUACGCAUCAAUUUUGAUAUUACUUUCCCCGCGUUACCAUGUUCAAUUCUCAGCCUUGAUGCUAUGGAUAUUAGUGGAGAGCAGCACCUUGAUGUAAAACAUGACAUAAUCAAAAAAAGAUUAGACUCCCAUGGGAAUGUGAUAGAGACACGACAAGAGGGUAUCGGUGCUCCCAAGAUUGAGAAGCCGUUACAGAGACAUGGUGGCAGGCUGGAACAUAAUGAGACUUAUUGUGGCUCGUGCUAUGGUGCUGAAGCGGCAGAUGAUGAUUGUUGCAACAAUUGUGAAGAAGUUCGUGAAGCAUAUAGGAAGAAGGGCUGGGCAGUUUCAAACCCUGAUUUAAUUGACCAGUGUAAAAGGGAAGGUUUUCUACAAAAAGUUAAGGGUGAAGAAGGUGAAGGAUGUAAUAUCUAUGGAUUUUUGGAAGUCAAUAAGGUUGCCGGAAAUUUUCAUUUUGCGCCUGGAAAAAGCUUUCAACAGUCAGGGGUUCAUGUCCAUGAUUUAUUGGCAUUCCAAAAGGAUAGUUUCAAUAUAAGUCACAAAAUCAAUAGAUUGACUUUUGGUGACUAUUUUCCUGGUGUUGUAAACCCCCUUGAUGGUGUGACCUGGACACACAAUACACCAAAUGGGAUGUACCAAUACUUUCUCAAGGUGGUACCUACCGUAUACACAGAUGUAAAUGGGCAUGCUAUUAAUUCAAAUCAGUUUUCUGUCACUGAGCACUUUAAGAGUGCUAGUGCAGGCCACUUUUCAACUCUGCCUGGAGUCUUCUUUUUUUAUGAUCUAUCUCCAAUUAAGGUGACUUUUAAAGAGGAACACAUUUCCUUUUUACACUUCUUGACAAAUGUUUGUGCUAUAGUUGGAGGUGUUUUCACUGUCUCGGGGAUUCUGGACUCCUUUGUUUAUCAUGGGCAAAAGGCAAUCAAGAAGAAGAUGGAAAUUGGCAAAUUUAGUUGAGGGAAUUUUUGCUAGCUGAGCUAGGGGCAAUUGUCGAAGUUUCACAAGCUUCCUGAUUCAUGUCUGUACGCAGAAGGGAAAUUAUCUUCAGCUGCAAUGCAGUCCCAGAUACUCUGAUGACUCUGAUCAUACAAGAACAAUUUUGUCAUAACUUAAGGAUAGAUUUUCUUUCAAUAUUUAUUAAAUCAUUCAGGAAUUCUAGAUCUUUUCUUUUUUAUGUACCUCUAAUGCUUUCUUGCUGCACCACAAUUGUAAAUUUUAUUCACAAAUGAGCACAUCAUUUUCUCACUGUGGAUGCCAAUUCGUAGUUGUCCCAAACCUCUGGUACGCAGAGAUAGUUCGAGACCAAAAUAACAUUCUAACACUCCCUCCGAGCUAUCAGUCUUGCAAAUCUAUUCCUCUUUGGAAA